CACUCUCAGUUUGUCAUAAUGAAAUGAAGUUCUGAUAGCCGAGGGUGUCAGUGCUUUUUUUUCUUCCAAAAUUUUUAUUCUCGCAAUAUUCGUUGUUGACUCAUUCAGCAUUCCUCCAAUCCACAUGUCCCUUCGCUGACACUGUCGCCAUGCAAUUGUCUCUAGCAGCGGGCAUUGCGGCCGCGGCGUUGGCUUUUGUCUACGUCUUGAACCUGAUCCUCGAGAGCUUCCGAUACAGAGCCAGAUCCAGGGAACUGGGAUGCAAGCCCCCCGUGUGGAUGUCGGGUUAUGACCCGACAGGCAUUACCGAUAUCGUCUUGGGCGUGGAUGCGAGCCGCAAGAAGCGAUUCCCCAUCCACGCUGCUGAGAACUUUGGACGCGAAGACAAGAAGCAUGGCCGUACAGUGGGCACGCUGCGUGUUAAGGCGCCGCUUUUCCGAGACACCUUGGUGACGAUUGAUCCUCAGAACAUCCAGACCAUUCUUGCGCUGAAAUUCAAGGACUUUGGCCUGGGUGUGAACCGGACUGAGAACUUUGAGCCAUUACUGGGACAUGGCAUUUUCGCGACAAACGGCAAGCAAUGGGAGCACUCUAGAGCAUUGCUGCGUCCGCAGUUCAUCCGUGGCCAAGUCAGCGACCUUAACCUAGAGGAAGAGCACGUCAAGUCUUUGAUGACGGUGCUCAAUCGUCAGGUUGGUCCGGAUGGCUGGACUGAUCUUGUAGACCUUCUGCCUCUGUUCUUCCGCCUCACACUGGAUUCCGCAACCGAGUUCCUCUUUGGAGAAAGCGUCAAUAGCCAGCUCGAUCAAGUCCACCCCACAUCUGAAAAAGACGGCAACUUCGCAUUUGCUUUUGACAAGGCACAGUAUAAUCUAUCGAUCGGGGCUCGAUUGGGUCCCAACUACUGGGUUGUUCAUACUCCCGAGUUUAAACGCAUGGUUAAAAGGGUUCACGCCUAUGUCGACUACUUUGUUCAAAAGGCUCUCGUUCAGGGCGAGAAAAUGCCUGUGAAUGAGGACAAAUACGUCUUCCUCAAUGCACUGGCCAAAGAAACCCGAGAUCCCGAAGAGCUGCGAUCUCAGCUUCUCAACAUAUUGCUUGCCGGCCGAGACACCACUGCAUCUACGCUGGGAUGGUUCUUCUACACCAUGGCUGAUCCCGCGUAUGAGCCCGUAUUCCGACGACUGCGAGCAAUCAUUUUGGAAGAAUUCGGAACAUAUUCCAACCCUAAGGAAAUCACAUUUGAGAAGAUGAAAGGUUGCCAAUAUCUCCAAUGGUGUCUGAACGAAUGCCUGCGUUUAUAUCCCGCAGUGCCGAUGAAUGUCCGCACUGCACAAGUAGACACGACGCUGCCUAUUGGCGGCGGCCCAGACGGACAGUCGCCGAUUUUCGUACCAAAGGGCCAGGAUGUUGGUUAUUCGGUUCACUUGAUGCACCGCCGCAAGGAUAUCUGGGGUCCCGAUGCCGAAGUCUUCAAGCCAGAGAGAUGGGAGACACGCAGGCCGGGCUGGGAUUAUCUUCCCUUCAAUGGAGGACCAAGAAUCUGCAUCGGCCAGCAAUUUGCGCUUACCGAGGUUGGCUAUGUUGUCAUCCGAUUGAUGCAGCGCAUCGACAACAUUGAUGGCUCCCAAGUUGGCCCCAUCAAGCACGGCCUGACUUUGACCAACUGCCCUGGCGAGGGAGUUAAUGUCAAGCUACAUUUUGCUGAGUAGAUAUGACCAUCUCGCGAAAAGUUUUCUAGUUUUUUUUUAAUCAUUUCUCGUGUAUUGUUGUAUCUACGAUGUUGAAAUGGAAGAGCGGAGCAGUGGGAUGAGCCUACCAAGCUGUUGGGCAAAUAUGAGCGGUGGAGCGAGCAUUAACUGCGUUAUCCAGUCAAUGUUAAAUAGCAAUAUUGCACCAGAAUUGGGCAAAGAUUUAUGACUUCUUAUACUAUUCCUAUCUCUGUCUCUCUCACACAUUCUCUCUGUGUUUGGACCGAGGUUAGCUCCCGUGCGGAGAACUGUCCCAACGGCACAAACAUAUUUUAUCAACCAAUGCUCACAUACCCUAUAUAAAGAUUGAAGAUUAAAGCCCG